UCAUGCUGUAUCGUCGUCCUUGCUAGUUACAUGGUGUCAGAAGUGGCCGCCGCGGACCGAAGCACGUCAGCAACGGCGCGGAAUCGCCAUGGACCUACUGAAGCCGCCAGAGCCAUUGCGCCUAUCUGGCAACUUGUCUGAAAAUUGGAAGCGCUUCAAGCAAAGGUUCGAGCUUUUUCUGCAAGCAACGGCAGUCGAGAAGGCCCCGAGAAGUGACUCCUCGAAAGUGGCACUCUUGAUGAGCUUCGCGGGAGACGAAGUGCUCGACAUCUUCAACAACUUUAAGUACGGCCCCGAAGAAAGCAAGGAAUGUUACGACACGGUCGUGCAGAAGUUCGACGCCUACUUCUCCGAGAUUUCAGGCACCUGUUCCAAGGGCUCGGCUGCUUGAAAACGCAGUACAGAAUGUUCCUGGAUCCAGACGCGGUUCCGGUCGUUCAGCCUGCUCGCCGGGUUCCUCUUGCACUUCAGGAACCUCUGAAGAAGGAACUACAGCGAAUGACCCGGGAGGGCAUCAUCGUCAAAGAAAAUGAGCCAACCGACUGGUAUAUUCCUGGGAAGCACCUUGUUCUUGCUGACAUGUUGUCCCGGUCAACUGCUGACAACCAAGACGAGGCUGGUGCUACUACCGACGUGGAAGUUCACGCAAUCCAGCUUCUAGGUUACCGUGUCACAAAAGCAACGCAGAAAGAACUGCAAGCGGUAACUGCUCGUGACCGCUACCUACAGUCGGUGAUCGCAAGUUUGUCGGAGGGGCUUCCAGUACAAGGUGAACUAAAGCCUUUUGAGCAAGAACUCUCAUUUGUCAACGGAAUACUUUUAAAGGCGUCGAAGGUUGUUAUUCCGAAAAGCAUGCGACAAACUCUGCUUGAAAAAAUCCGUGCAGGUCACCUCGGGAUGCAAAAAUGCAAAGAAAGGGCCAGACGCCUCGUGUUUUGGCCGGGGCUUAACGCUGAGAUUGCUUCCAUGGUGCAACUUUGUCCUAUAUGCCGCAAGUACGCUUACAAACAGCCCAAGGAACCGCUUCAAAUGCGGCCCGUGCCAGGUUGUGCAUGGCAUAGAGUUGGAGCUGAUAUUUUUUUCGUUUGCGGGGGACUCGUACAUCGUUGUCUUUGACGCCUUAUCAA